CCACGACUGUAGCGCGUCAUAUAAUUAAACAUGGCGCAGGGAUGUGUGCAUGAAGUCCGUUGUUUGUCACUCUGCGAUCAAUGAAAGCGCAUUUCUCGCCGCGGAGGACAUAUUGCGGAGCUGCUCCGUUAUCGUCAAAAUGUUUCGUCGAUCAAGGUUUAGUAUUCGGCCUAAUGUCGGUACGGCAGGCAGAACAGCAGCAACACCUCAGGAAGCACCUUCAUCAAACCAGGAGUCCAGUGAGACCCCCAAAGACAUCAGUGAGAGCAGCACUCCCAUCGCUGUGACAGAUAUCAAAUCUGACGUGACCCCAUCUGAAAAAACAACAGCCCCUGGGGAUGGCAAUGACCAAAAUGUGGAAGGGGCCAGCUCCUCGGCUGCAGUCCAGAGAAGGAAGCGGUUUUCUGUCAAGCCCAAAGUGGCUCCUGGCCGCCCCUCCAACCUCGCUCGGACAUCGAGGACCCUCGCCAAGGCAGAUGCUGAAACUCCCGCUGAAACCCCCGGCUCAGACCUUGAAAAGCCAUCAACAUCCAUCCAGACUGGGACAACGGCCACCCCUCAAGGACUCCAGUCCCCGAGGCGAAGAAGGCGUUCGGAGGAGAGCAAGCAGCCCAAAGUGCAGCCUAAACCAACCCCUGACUCCUCUGAGUCUUCAGCUGUCCUUCUCCCUGAGGAUUCACUAGAACAAACCGAUCAGCCCACAGACAGUGGCCAGCAAUUGGAAAGCAAGUCAGGCAGCCAAGUUGAAGAAGUUCCUCCCAGACCACCUGAUAAAGUGCUCUUCUCUAUACCAGACAGAGAAGCAGUAGAGUUAUCUGAGAGGGCCAAGUCUCUAGUGUCAUCUAAGAGUGGACGUUCAUUGUCCCCAUCAGCGCUCUCUUUGAGUAGACUCCUGAAUGACCCAUCCGAUCUACAGAGGCUCGCCAAGGCCCAAAAACUUAGAGAGUUACUCAGACAGGAGAAGCACAAAGAAAAGAAACUCAAGAAAAUGAAGCCGCAUGUAAAGGAAUAUACUUUAGAUCCCACCAAAAUGACCAUGAGGGACCUUAUCCAUUAUCUACCGCUGUCCAACCCCAUGACAUCGAGUGUAGAAGACAUAACUCAGGAAAAUGAGACUGUGCUCCCACCCUCACCAGCAAGAGAACCGUCUCCGGAGAAAGUGCCGGAACCCGAAGCUCCCCCUGAACUGCCGAGCACGAUGGAGGAUGAAGAGGAGAUGGCAGAGGAAGAGGAUGACUCACUCAUGGUUCCUCAGGUCAAAGUAGCAGAGGAUGGCUCUCUCAUCAUUGAUGAAGAGAGCUUGACGGUGGAAGUCCAGCGAGCAAAAGGACCAAACCCAGCACAGGAUCGAGAUCCCAUCUUUGAGCGUGGCUCCACGACAACGUACUCAAGCUUCAGGAGAAGCAGCUAUUCAAAACCCUGGUCCAGUGAAGAGACAGACAUGUUCUACCUGGCAGUCAGUAUGGUGGGGACAGACUUUUCCAUGAUUUGUCAACUGUUUCCUCACAGAGCUCGAUCAGAGAUAAAGAACAAAUUCAAAAAGGAGGAGCGAGAGAAUUCCUGGAGGAUUGACAAAGCGUUUAAAGAGAGACGCAAGCUGGAUAUUGAGUAUUUUUCUAAGCUUCUCGAGAAAAUUUUGGAGGUUCAGAAAAACAGGAAGAAACUCAAGUCACUCGUUAAGAAGAACUCCCCCAAGAAGUCAAAGAGAAAGGCAAAGGGCAAAAAAGCUGCAAGCACGCUGAGUGAUGUGGAGGAAGAAAAUGAGAACGAUGCCAAUGAAGUUCCCAAUCUGGAGGAUGAGGCGGAGGGAGAGAAGGAGAACGAGAAUCUCUGUAAUGAAGGAGGAACCCCUGUUUCCAAGCCUAAGAAACAACGCAAAAGAAAGGCUAAACAGGCAGCUGUGAACGAGGAAGCAAAUGAUAAGAAAAAGAAAACUGGUGAAAAGAGCAAUGAACAAGGUGAGGCCUGCAUACCUGAAGACCCUGAAGCUGCUCUUGCCGAAGACCAAACAACUCCAGACAUGUCUGAAAAGACUGAGAACGUGAAUGUAUCCAAGGACACAGCAAUCAAGCCUGCUAAACUUUCCCGAGGCAGAGCACCAAAACCGCUGCUGCCUUUGGGACGAAAGUGGAGUAAAAAGCUUCCACCAGACUCAACAAAGGCCAAAGAUACUGCCUCAGAUAAAGAAGACGAGAGUGUGACUGAUGGAGCCUCGAAGGAGCAGGUAAAUCCAGAUUCAUCACCUUUAAGAGAGGAUAAUAAGAGGAAGUCAGACGAUGCUGACAUUUCCUCUGAAGAGGAGGAUGUCACUGCUCCGCCUCCGAGACCUACCAGGUAUGGAAGAGUGCCCAAGCCCACCAAGCUCCUGAAUUACCCUGCCAAAGAAGAACCCACCUCUCCGUCCAAUACCUCCCCUGCCUCACCAGUGAUGUCUGCUGCAUCUGCUGCCAAGCCUAAACCCAAAUGCACAGCCAAGAGGGGACGAUCCUCAAAGCAACAAUCAGCCCAACAGUCCAAAAAGCCCAAACUAGUCACGCUCAGGACCUCUCGGUCAGAAUUCAGCGAUGAUGAUGAUGAUGAUGAAAAGCAGCAGGAUCAGGAAGAGAUAGAGGAGGAGGAGUACCCUCUGUGUAGCCCCGGUGAGGACAGCACUGCCCCUGUGUUUGUGCCGGCCAGCCUGCGCUCCCCGCAUCCUGUGAUUUCAGAGGUGGAAGAGACUAUGGAGGAGCUUGAUAUUUUGGCCAAUAUGCCUGAUGUGUUGGGCCUCUCCCAAGAUGUACUGUGCCCUGAUUCCUCAUUCGACCUGGCACAAAAUGACACAGGCACAGCUGAACCAUGUGAACAUCAGUUGGACCUGCUGGUUGACGUUAUAGAUUUCCUCUCUUCAGAACACACAGAAGUAACUGAAGACGAGAGCUACAAUGAAGCUGCUCAAACUCUGUUGACCAUUGGCAACCUGGCUCAACUCACAGCACAGAAUCAAAUAAUCACAGAAGAUCACACAACAGGGACAACAUCAGUCAGUGCAGAAGAAACUGAACAACACCUGGGAGAUGCUGACCAAUUGGAAAACUGUGAAAUUCAUAUCAUGUUUGGUCAUGGAGACACAGAAACAUCAGAAAUUAUUGCUACUGUGGAGCCACAACACGCCCCAAUGGUUGAAACCAGUGAUCAGUCGUGUGGUGGGCAGAAGACUGUGUCUUAUACAGAUUUUAGCCCUCAGUUAGAGUCAAGUCCAGAGAGUGCAAAGAAACACUCUCCACAGACCAGCAAAGGACGCUUGUCCAAGGUUAAACCCAAACCUAACUUAAACCGAGGCUCCAGGACUGAACAGCCCAAAUCCCAACCAGAUACAUCAACAGAACAGACAGCUGGCGAGACCAACUCAGAAGCUUCCAACAUUCAAGUCACUGAAUCACCGUCAGCUCCUGAAGAAAUAACCCCGAAGAUACUAGAAUAUUCUCCAACAUCAUCAAUAGAUGACGAUUCCUCUACUAAAUUUAAACACACAGAAGAGCUGGGUGUCACUGGGGACAGGUCAGGUACAGCAGCAUUAGACCAAAGUGCCUCAGAACACCAGAGUCACUGCUUUUCUGAUGCCCAGUUUGAACCCAGUGGAGAACAAGCCAACAGAGACACGAUGUCGGAUCAAAAGCUGAGGUCUCAUGCUGAAAUAAUUCAGAGUUUCUCAAGUAAUUUAGCAACAUCUGAAACAUCAGAUUCUGCUCCAGUUCACGAAGAGAGUCAACAUUCUGCUGCUUUCGUCACACCUGUAGACGAUGUACCUGUCAGUCAGAAAGAAAAGAGUGAGGCUGCAUCUACUAGCCAGAUCAAGAGAGGGCGAUCUCAAAAAGUAAAACCCAAACCAGUCCUAGCACAGACAAGAACUGCUCGAUCUAAACCUCAAACUACAAAAGCCACAGUAGAGAAAGACCCCAGCCCAACUCCAGUCCCCAAAGUCCAUGAAAAAACAAUAGAAGUUGAACCAGAAGCAACCAGCAGCACCUCUCCUGAAUAUCCAAGUCAGAGCACUGGUCCUGCUGCAGCUUUGAUACCAUCAUUUGAUUUAGGCUCUACCCAUACACCCACAGAGGAGUUGUCUAAUCGUGGAUUGGAUCAGAGUGUCUCACAAAACCAGAUCCUCUCUGAACCCAGUAACAGAGACACAGGGUCAACAUCUGGAUCCACAGAUGAAAAAAUGGCAACUCGUGAUGGAACAACUGAGAGUAGUGAUAACCUGGUAACAUCUGACUCAGCUGUCACAAAAUCACAAGUUGGGCAAGACUCAGCUCCAGAGAGCAGUGACCAUCCUGCUCCAUCUGUUACACCUGUAGACAAUGUACCUGUCAGUCAGAAAGAAGAGAGUGAAGCUGCAUCUACUUGCCAGAUCCAGAGAGGGCGAUCCCAAAAAGUAAAACCCAAACCAAACCUAGCACAGACAACAAGAACUGCUCGAUCUAAACCUCAAACCACAGAAGACUCCAGCCCAACUCCAGUCCCCAAAGUCGAUGAAAAAACUAAAGUAGAAUCAGAAGCAAUCUGUGGCAUCUCUCCUGAAAUACCCAGUCACAGCACUGGUCCUGCUUCAGUCUUGAUACCACUGUUUGAUUUAGGCUCUACUCUUACACCCACACAGGAGCUGUCUACAACUGAAGAGAGAAGGACAGCUGAUGCACUUGUUGUUCAAGUGUACUCACAAAACCAGAGCAUUUCUGAAACCAGUUACAUAGACACAGGGUCAACAUCUGGAUCCACAGAUGAAAAAAUGGCAGCUGGUGAUGCAGCUUCAGUCCAAGAGAGCAGUGACCACCCUGCUUCAUGUGUUACAUCUGAAGAUUUACCGGUCAGUCAGAAAGAAGAGAGGGAAGGGGCGUCGUCCUGCCAGAUCAGGAGAGGGAGAGCUCAAAAAAUCAAACCUAAACCAAACCUAGCACAGGCAUCAAGAACCGCUCGGUCCAAACCUCAAACCACAAAAGACCCUGUCAUGCAUGUGCAGCUUGUGGAGACACCCUCCAGCCCAACUGUAAAGCCUCAAUCCACUAAGAAGACAACAGCAGAGAUGGAAGCUCCGCCAAUUUGCAGCAUCUCGCUUCCAAUUCAAAGUACUGACACUUCUACGGUUUCUGUACCACCACUGGAAUUAUGCUCUACUCAUAAACCCACAGAGGAAUCAUCUGCAACUAUGGAACAACAGACAGAAGUUGGACUAAACUCAAUCGUAAAAAGUUCCGAACAAAAUGUACCUCAUAGAAGACAACAGUUUUCCAAAGUCAAACCGAACAUAGGAUCAUCCACCAAAACCACACGGAUAAAACUGCAGCCAAAGACAAUCAGUGAACCCUCAGUUAUGGAGACCUCUUCAAAUGUAACAUCAGAACCAUCACCUGUGGACAAUUCACAAAUUGAGGGGAAACUGAUAGAGGAGGACUUAAAGCUCUUGACAUCAUCGCAGUGUCCGUUAAAUACAGAACUCAGUUUGAAAAAAUCUGCACCUGCAGAGUCGGAAAAGACAGAGGGUACAUCCUCUGAUGGUAUUGGCAUGGCAACAUCAUGCGUUGCUGAGAAUCAGUCCUUGUUGCCAGACACAAUCCCUGAAAGUGAAAUCAGUGAAAUGUCCACGUUUGAGAGGGAAUCCACGGGGGACAAAAUGUCAAAUAAUGACAGCGCGGAGGCUGGACCUGCUUCACAAGUCUCUGAUCCAAUUACGGCUUCAGAGUCUCAGUCUCCAGAAGGUGGCUCCACAGAGUCAAAAAUAUCGUCGGUUUUGGCAACGAAUGUCUUCUCCAUAACAACCGUCCAUCCAACAGAGAGCUGCCCUGAGUCAUGUCCAGAAAGUGACUCAGAAGUAAAAAGUCAAGAUGCAGCCCGGCAAUGUUCAGAAACAAGAGAAACUCCUCAAACAUCAAAUGACAGAUCUCAAUCUGCCUCAAGAACUGACAGUUCACGGUUAGAACUCAUAGACUAUUCCAAGUCUCCAAAAAAAGGCUCUCAAAGUCGAAGAGGAAGGCUUAUUAAUCCCAGACCCAACCUGGGACGCAGCAGUCGGCCUCCACAACCCCAACAAGUCCGGUCCACAGCACAAGCACAAGCAGAUUCCGGUGCUCAAUCAGAAAGUGUUGACGCUUCAGUUUCCCUCAACCCUGUGUCUGAACUCCGACCCGACAUUCCAGAUCCAGUAGAGGGAGCUGUUGAAUCACAUAGUCGCCAAGAGUCCUGCCCAAAUGAUGCUCAGUCCUUGCUGGGUUUGACACAAUUUAUUGAUCAGGAGAGUGACUCCCAUUCAAAUGAUGCUGUGUCCUCUACGGGUUGUGUGACACAAGCAGUGGACAAUUUUUCUCAAAACAUGUCCACAUUAGGCACAGAGGGGACCCAAAGUCAUCCGUGUCUCACAAUAUUCCCAGACUUGACGUCUGAGCCAAUGCCUCCAGGUUCAGAUGUACCGUUUUUCAUCCUCUCACUGAGUGAAAUCCCAGUCUGCUCCUCAGGGGAGGUGAUGGACAGUGCAGCAGGGCCCCUACCUUAUCUUUUCGGUGGAGAUGCACCAAUACAGCAACAGAGUGUUCCUGGAGAGAGUCUGGCACCAGAGGAAGACACAUCUCUCUCUAAUGUCCCUGUGUCCAUGUCGCUGGAGGAGAGUAGUGAAAUGGGCUUCCUCGGUGUAAAAGAUGAAGGGCGGGACUCGGCUGUACAUAAAGUCUCGGUCAUGGAGAAUCCAGAGGAUCCACAGGAGACAGUCCAGCCCCCCACAUUACCAGAAACUGUAGAGAAUAAUGCCAAGACUGAAACCCACCUUGCCAAGAAGAGGAUAUCAGGAACUGGAAGACGAGCCAAAGUGCAGGUGAAGCCCAAUAUUACAAAGAAGACACAAGCCAGUAAGACGGUUGCUGCGAACACCAACCAGGACUCAGGCCUUCCUGGGCCGUCCAUGCAGGCAGAAGCCUCUGAUGCAAAAACAACUGCAGGCAAGGUCGGUGUCACUGAGCCACAGAAGGGAAGUGGUGACCAUGUAGACAUAGGAAAGGAGACUCCGUCGGUUGGAAAGAGCCCAGAGGACAGAAGUCCAAGAGCACAAACUAAGACAAAGACCAGGGGGAUGACCACUCGGGCAAGAAAAUCCGAUGAUUUCCCUUCUUUCCUAUCGGACGCGAACACCAGCGACCCUCCUCGUGGCAAAGCAGCUUCCAAGGGCCCUAAGGUCCAAACUCCACCCACAAGAAAACACUCCACCUCGACACCUGCAGCUUCAACCUUCACUGUCGCUCCCUCACCUGGUCACACAGAGCAGCCACAGAAACUCAGCUAUUCAACCUCUUCUGCCACAUCACCAGCACUGACCAGCCCCAGCACUUCUCAGUGUACAGCUGAGGUUUCAGCUUCGCAGCAAAGUGACUGUGUGGAGAGCAGCGCUACAGAGGUGGAGCCCACCAGUGUGUCUCAGUACUUCCUAAGUGAUAUUUUUACUGAAGUGGAGUAGGGAUAAAAGGUGGAGUGAGAGGAAGGACCUGCCAGCGGCUCUGCUUUUUCUUCAUUUUUGUUGUGUACAGUUUUCUCUGUAAAGAUUUAUUUAUAACUAAAAGGCUUUUCUUUUCCCUGUAGUGAAGUCAAGCUGAAUUUACUAUGUUUACAAAAACGUUUUCACUUUCACAAGCAUUUUGAACGUAUAAACAGUAUACAAUUGUAUGUUUACAACAUAGGCUGCAUAUAAAGGUUCAUCUCCACGUCCUCCCACUUCACAAACAAAGCUAAAACAACCAAGAUCUGAACGCCACCAUCUUACGCAGACAGAAAAAUGAGCACUUGGACAUGCAUCAGUGUGAUCAGGACUACCUAAAAUGACAGAAACCAUCUUUUAGAAAAAUCUAUUGAUGAGUACUUAAGCUGUGUUCAAUUCAGGAGUUGCAUCCUUUCGAGGACAUGGUCUACGUGGCCCAUGAAGAUCGCCUCCUUGGGGGGCCACGAAGGCUGAACCGGGAUGAGAUGGUCUCGUCUACAGAGGAUUUCGGUGCACCAGCCUGUCCCGCCCUUGCUUAGCAACAGAGCUUUAGUUGGACAUGAUGUGAAAGUGUCAAUGUCCCUCUGUGUUUUAACACUUGAACUUGUUGUUGAACUUGUUGAGUUGAAACAUGAUACUCAAGCAUUGGACGUCUGGGUGCCAUUACCUUUCAUGAAAAACAUUUUGUCACCGAAGCCCAAUGAAUCCUGGGAUAGUUUGGGCCGGGUAUGAUACACCCAUUACAGCCUUUGUUUCUCUGGUGGAGGACGCAUUUGUUGGCAGCAUUUGAAGGAGCCUUCGAAGUGGGACAGUUCAAAUGCAGCCUUGUAAGGAUGCUGCCCCUGAGAGACACACUGUUUGACUUUUAUUUUGGUCCAUGACCCAUCCAUUAAAGAGGAGAAGGUGGGGGUUAUGACCAAUACUGCAGCCAGCCACCAGGUGGUGAUCAAGACGCUUUGGCUUCACUUUUGGGGAGCUGCAGUGUCAUCCAUCUUUAUUUACUGUCUAUGGUAAACUUAUUCAGUGUAUAUAAUACUUGUGCUUGCCAAGAUGUGUUGGUCACAUUCAUAGCAAACACAGGUAAAUAACCAGUUUGACUGAAGGAGGCGGCAGCUUUUUCUCAACAAUUCAUUGUUUCGAGCCUCAAAUUUCUUAAUUUGUUUAUUUACAGCUAUAAUAAUGUAAAUAUUGUAGAAUAACAAAGAGUUCUUUAAAUGUUUCCCCAUAUUGCUUUCCAGACCACAACAUGGGUGACACGACUGGAUUAGUUGACAGUGUACAGUUGUACAUUUAAACGCGCUACGCUUUUUUAAUGUUUAUGCGCAUCUGUAUUUUUGUGAUCAUUUUUAAUAAUUUAUUUUAAUCUCAACCAAUUUUGUCUUUGUAUUUGAUACAAAAAAAGGAUAGCUUAAAACUGUUAUUUCAUUUAGAAAACUCCAGACAUUAGAUACAGAAUGCAAUUGCAUUAAUAUAUUCUGCAAAUUCACCCCAUUCCGAGCAGAGGUAGUCAAACUUUAUUAGUAAUGGAUAAGUAUCUUUGUAAUAUUGUGUACAUCAGUACAACACUGUGAGGUCCUUACACACAGCGUUCAAAGGGUGUUUCAUACUUGAAACAAAACCCACCGCGUCCUUAACUGUUUCAUUAAGAAAUCGAAAGUAAAAGAUGGAUUUUUAUAGCAUCUGAAUAAAACAUAUUCUUCCACCA